AUUUGACAGGCGGCCGUGUAGUUGUGGAAGGCGGGCGCUAGUCUCCAAUUUUUAGGGCCUUGCGCUAUGUAAAUUAUGUAAACGGUACUUGUAAUAAGAAAGCGAAAAUACUGUGUGUGUUUCUUAUAUAAAUAUUAUAUUCCGCAACUAUUUUGUAUCUAAGAAUUCAGAAAACUAAACCUAGAGCCAUGCGGCGUAGUAAGGCCGAGGUGGAUCGCUACAUAUCAUCGGUGCAAAGUUCUUCUCCUUCCGCUAAAGAGAAACCUUUAAAAGGAUUCUUGUUUGCAAAAUUGUACUUUGAAGCAAAAGAAUAUGAACUUGCAAAAAGACACAUUUCAGCCUACCUAACUGUGCAGGAAAGGGAUCCCAAAGCACAUAAAUUUCUAGGCCAGCUCUAUGAAAAAGAGGAAAGCAUUGAGAAGGCAGUUGGAUGUUACAAGCGUUCUGUGGAGCUGAACCCAGCACAGAAAGACCUGGUCCUGAAGAUUGCUGAGUUACUGUGCAACAAGGGAGAAAGAGAUGGGAGAGCCGAAUACUGGGUGGAGAGGGCAGCCAAGCUCUUUCCUGGAAGCCCAGCAGUCUUUAACCUGAAGGAGAAGUUGUUGAGUGUAACAGGGCAGCAGGGCUGGAAUGAGCUUUUUGACUUGCUGCAGUCAGAGCUGCAUGCUCGGCCUGGCGAUGUGCACGUGAACAUAAAGCUAGUGAACCUGUAUUGCUCCGACAAGCGACUUGAUGAGGCUGUGAGGCACUGCCUCAGUGCAGAGAAGAAAGGGACCAUGCGCUACAGCUUAGACUGGUACACCUGUGUUGUACAGACACUAAAGGAGUACUUUGGCUCUACAGGUAUAUCUGAGUGUGAUAAAACUAUAUGUAGGACAGUGCAGAAAGAACUGCUGCUGGCUCACAGUAAUCUGGUUCGCCUGACACUGUCUGCUAAGGAUGUUCAUCAUGGCAGAGUGGCCCUGCAAAGUUUUGAUCAUGCCAUGCAGUCUGUGAAGAAUUUAGUGACAGGCACAAAAGAUGACUUGUCUGUCGCUUUCAUUGAAAUGAGAGGGCAUCUCUACUUGCAUGCUGGUUCUUUGCUGUUGAAGAUGGCCGAACAAAAUGAGCUUCAGUGGAGAGCUGUCACAGACCUUGCUUCAUUGUGUUACCUCAUAGCCUAUCAGGUGCCACGACCAAAGAUGAAAUCUAUAAAAAGAGUUGAGACAUCUCAAGAGUUGAUGGACUUUUUAGCAUGCGAUCGACAAAGCCACUCGGGCCAUAUGCUUUAUAAUUUAAGCCAUGACAAAGAAGAUUUCUUUAAAGAGGUAGUAGAAGCGUUUGCCAACAGAAGUGGGCAGGACUCUCUGUUUGAGACUUUGUUUGGGAGCGAGGCUGUUGCUGAGCCUUCCUUCAUUGGAAAUGACAACAUCAGGAAUGUUGCAGUGCAGCCGCCUGAUCUGGGAGAACUUGCCAGGUGUGAUAAUGGCUCUAUUCCUUUACAUAGUGGAAAUCUGCAGCACCUGACGUGGCUUGGCUUGCAGUGGGCCUUAAUGGACCGGAAGCCCUCCUUCCGAGACUGGUUGAAGCAGCUUUUCCCUCGACUGCCUCAAGAAACAUCAAAGCUUGAAACCAAUGCUCCAGAGUCCAUCUGUCUCCUAGAUCUUGAGGUGUUCCUGUGUGGUGUGGUGUUUACAAGCCUUGCACAGUUGCGAGAGAAAUCCAAAAUUAGCUACAAUGUGCAGUCGUUCGAGCCUAGAUGUUUACCGCUCCCCAUUGUCAAACUGCUUUGCACGGACAGACAGCGAAAUUGGUGGGAUGCUGUGUAUAACCUCAUUCACAAAAAAGCACUUCCUGGGACUUCUGCCAAGCUUAGGCUUUUAGUUCAGCAAGAAAUGAACACUUUGAGAGCAGGGGAGAAGCAUGGGCUGCAGCCUGCCUUAACUAUAAGAUGGGCACAACAUCUUCUAGAAACUGGGAGUGGCCUAAACUCAUUUUAUGAUCAGAAGGAAUAUAUUGGCAGGAGUGUUCACUAUUGGAAGAUGGCCCUGCCCAUGUUGGAGAGUAUAAAGAAGAGAAGUAGUAUUCCUGAACCUAUUGACCCCUUGUUCAUGCACUUUCACAGUAAAGAUAUUCAGAUUGCUGAAGUUAAGGAUUAUGAAGAGGAUGCGCAGAUUGCUUUUGCUACACUGUGUGAAGUUGAAGGCAACACAGAUGAUGCAAUAGCGGCCUUUGAGACCAUAAAUACUGUUGUAGCUUUCUGGCAUCUUGCACGGAUUUUUCAAAGGAGAGCUGAAGAAAUUGGAGACUCUGUAAUAGAAGGUCAAGAGAUGAGUAAAAUGUCUUUACGGAAGUCCAGAAAGUAUUUGUCAAAAAUCUUGGACGGCUUCAACGCUAAUGCUGCAGAAAUUGAAAAACUUCCUGUAUCAAUAGAUGAGCUUGGUGAGCUGAUGGAUGAUGUGAAUCAGCAGCUUGGGGAGAGCGGUGAAGCUAUGGAUAUGGAGGAAGAGGAGGAGGUUAACGACACCAACACUAGUCCGUGCCACAUUGCAGACCCCAUUAGCACUACACAAGUAAAGUUUUCUACUCCAGCGCCAACAAAAAAUAUCACCUCUCCAUCAAAGAGUCAUAGGUUCUCCCCCAAGACACCACCUCACUGGGUAGAGGACCAGAAGUCCUUGCUGCAGAUGCUUUGUCAGCAGGUGGAAGCCCUCAAGAAUGAAGUCCACGACUUGAAGGCCAACACUUCUGGCGCUGUUGCAUCUCCACAUCACCGAUUGUACGGGGAUACCUUCAUGGCUGAUGCUCUUCCAGACAGCUUCCCAGCAGCACAAAGUUUCCAUGGUGCUCCACUAACAGUCUCUACAACAGGUCCAUCAGUAUACUACAACCAAUCUCCUGCAUACAAUUCCCAGUACCUCCUCAGAACAGCUGCCAAUGUCACUCCAACCAAGGCACCAGUGUUUGGGAUAAACCGGCUCACACCUCAGCAGCACAUGUAUGCAUAUCAACAACAGCCGACCCAUACUCCACCCCUGCAGACCUCAUCAGCCUGCAUGUACUCUCAAGAAGUUUACGGGGCUCAGCUGCGCUUCGAGUCUCCUGCAACCAGUUUAUUGUCCCCUUAUAGCGAGGAGUAUUACAACCACACUGUCCCUCAGGCCAGUACAAACCCUCCUCUCCCUGAACCAGGUUACUUCACAAAACCCUCUGUGGGGAACCAGGUUUCCAAGCUUUCUGAGGGGAAGACCGUGGAAUUUGGUAAAAUAAGCUUUGGGCAACAGGUUCCGGCUGAAGCACCUAAGGUACCUGGUUUUGGAGCAACAGUAGUUACACAGUCCACACCGGCUGCCACAUUCAAAUUUAACUCUAACUUUAAAUCCAAUGAUGGUGACUUCACAUUCUCAUCCCCACAGGUCAGACAUGCCAAUGAAAGUCUUCUGGGGCUUUUGACUUCGGAUAUGCCAGCCAGAUCAGAAGGACAUCUUGCACCAAAGGCUCCUGUCCAGGAUCCAGUACCAUCUCAAGUGGGCCUCUUCAGUUUCGGCAGUAAAAAUACACCCGGAUUCUCGUUUGCUGAUCUUGCAAUGCAGAGUCAAAACAAACCCAAUCUGUUUGGUAAAGUUGAGCAACCUUUCAGUUUCACAAAUGCCAACAAGCCAGGUUUUGUAGUGGCAGGCACUCGGCAGGAAGAAAAAGGUGCAGCGAGUGAUCAUGACAGUACUCAUGAAGAAGAUGAAGAUGGGCCUCAUUUUGAGCCAAUUGUGCCACUCCCUGAGAAGGUAGAUGUCAAGACUGGAGAGGAGGACGAGGAAGAAAUGUUCUGCAACCGAGCCAAACUUUUCCGCUUUGAAACUGAGGCAAAAGAAUGGAAGGAGAGAGGUAUUGGGAACAUUAAGAUACUGAGGCACAGAACAUCCGGUAAAGUCCGUCUACUAAUGAGGAGAGAGCAGGUGCUGAAAAUCUGUGCAAAUCAUUAUAUUACGCCUGAUAUGAAUUUAAAUCCCAAUGCUGGUUCAGAUAAAUCAUGGGUAUGGUAUGCUAUAGAUUAUGCUGAUGAAAUGCCAAAACCAGAGCAGCUAGCUGUAAGAUUCAAAUCUGCAGAGGAGGCAGCACUCUUUAAAGUUAAAUUUGAAGAGGCUCAAAGAUUGGUGCCCAAAUCUCCAUUAAAACAUGAUGACAAACCAGGGAAAGAAAUAUUAAAAAAAAACACUACUUCUCAUCAUGCUGCCAGAGACUCUGGAUUUGGAGCUCAGUUUGUUAAGAAGGAAGGAGAGUGGGAUUGUAGUGUAUGCGUAGUGAGGAACUCUGAAGCUGCUGUGUUCUGUGCAGCCUGUCAAAGCCCCAAUCCCAAUGCUAAAUUACAACCUGCAGUUAAAGGAGGCUCGGAAGCUAGUAAAGGGUUCACUGUGCCAUCAGCUGUUCCUGUAACAUUUAGCUUUGGGUUUGGUAAAGAAUCAACAAAGGAAAGUAGCAUCACUGGAUUUGGCACACAGUUUGCAAAUGUUCAAGCACCCUCUGCGUUCAAAUUUGGAACCGGUAGUGACUCGUGUACAGUCUCUGCUCUGGCUGUUUCAAAGUUCACAUUCAGCCUUGGCAAUGAAAAAUGCAAAUCCACCACAAAAGGAGGUUUUGGAGAACAGUUCACAAAGAAAGAGGGUGAAUGGGGCUGUGAUAUAUGCUCAGGAAAAAAUUGUGCAACUGCUGGAAAAUGCAUAUGUUGUCAGACUCCAAAACCAAGUUGCAAAGAUGUUGCUGUUGCACCAGGUGGUUUGGGACCCUCUGCAUUUGAAAUUGGUGUUAAAUCUGAUAUGAAUAAAACUGCAGAGCAAGGGUUUGGUGCACAGUUUACCAAGAAGACAGGCCAGUGGGACUGUGAUGUGUGUUUAGUAAGAAAUGAAGCAGCUGUUACUAAGUGUGUUUCUUGCCAGACUUCGUGCAAAACUUCUCAGUCAUCUAUCCAGGCAGCGUCCACCUUUCCAUCUAGUGAAACGAGCCAGAGUCCUUCCAAAAAUGAGCUUUCUGCACUUUUUGGUAAAAAAGAUGGACAGUGGGACUGUGAUGUGUGUUUAGUAAGAAAUGAAGCAGCUGUUACUAAGUGUGUUUCUUGCCAGACUCCAUGCAAAACUUUGUCAUCUGUCCAGGCAGCGUCCACCUUUCCAUUUAAAAUCUCUAGUGAAACAAGCCAGACGCCUUCCAAAAAUGAGCUUUCUGCACUUUUUGGUAAAAAAGAUGGACAGUGGGAUUGUGAUACGUGUUUAGUAAGAAAUGAAACUGCCUCUGCAACCUGCGUUUCCUGCCAAACUCCUAACCCUAAUGCUAAAAGCACUGCUCAAGCUACACUGUCAAGUUCAUCCUUCAGUUUCACCUUCAGCGGGCAACCUGCACCUAGCCAACUUUCAGGGACAGGAUUUAAAGCCAAUUUUGGUACCAGCAACAGUUUUAAGUUUGGUCAUACUGAAGAAAAGAGCUCUGCAUCAUCCUUCAAAUUUAAGGCCCCUCUGUCUCAGACUGAAAAUAAACCUACAAGUGGAGGUGGAUUUAUGUUUUCAGUUCCUGUUCCAGCAGGGGGCUUCAAGUUUGGCACUCAAGAGUCAAGUAAGCAGACUGAUCCUGGUGAAAAUGCAAUGCCUAUGGGUGGUUCUGCUGCCAUGUCUCUGAAGAAUUUUGCUGAACAGCAGAGAGAAAAAGAAAAGGCUAGAGAGUCCAGUUCCACCACAACAGUGGAGGAAAAUCCCCUUUUUACCGGCAAACCCAACACAUUUACUUUUGCUGAUUUAGCUAAAAUGUCAGGUGGGGAUGGUAUCCAGUUGGGUCGAAAGGACCCCGAUUUCACAGGGUUUUCUAGAGCCGGUGAACAGCUGUUUACUGGUUUGAAGGCUGACCAGAAGGGAGAUAAUUCUUUGGAGCAGCAGGAGGAAGAAGAUAUAUACAAGACAGAUGAGAAUGAUGACAUUCAAUUUGAGCCUGUUGUUCCGUUGCCAGAAAAGGUGGAUCUUGUAACAGGGGAGGAGGAUGAGGACAUCCUGUACUCCCAGCGAGUCAAGCUGUUUCGGUUUGAUCUUGAUAUCGGUCAGUGGAAAGAAAGAGGCGUGGGCACCCUGAAGCUCUUGAAGAACAAGACAAAUGGAAGGCUGCGAGUGCUCAUGCGGAGAGAGCAGGUUCUGAAGGUCUGUGCUAACCACUGGAUUACCACCACCAUGAACCUGAAGCCCCUCUCUGGUUCAGACAGAGCCUGGAUGUGGUUGGCUAAUGACUUUUCUGAUGGAGAUGCUAAACUGGAGCAGCUGGCUGUCAAGUUUAAAAUGCCAGAGCUGGCAGAGGAAUUUAAGUUUAAGUUUGAGGAGUGCCAGAGGCUGUUGCUGGACAUACCUUUGCAGACACCUCACAAGCUGGUUGACUCUGGCAGGACGGCACAUCUUAUUCAGAAAGCUGAAGAAAUGAAGAGCGGCCUAAAAGACCUAAAAUCCUUUUUGACGGACGACAAGGCAACGCUCCAAAAGAAGGAUAGCAUCCUCCCAAAUGCUAGCAAUGCUUCUGGUUUGAUCAUCAAACCCCAUGCUGAAAGCACAGGCCCAACCCUGGAGUGGGAUAACUAUGACCUACGUGAAGAUGCCCUGGAUGAUAGUGUGGACACUUCUGUCUAUGCCUCACCAUUAGCCAGCAGUCCUUUACAAAAGAGUCUCUUCCGUUUUGGAGAAUCCACAGCUGGGUUUAACUUCAACUUCCAGCCCGUCUUGAGUCCUGCUAAGUCCCCGUCAAAACUGAACCAGAGCAGGAUAUCUGUUGGCACUGAUGAAGAUUCUGAAGUGACUCAGGAAGAGGAGAGGGACGGGCAGUACUUUGAGCCAGUUGUCCCCCUACCUGAUUUGGUAGACAUUUCCACUGGGGAAGAGAAUGAACUAGUGGUUUUCAGCCACAGAGCCAAGCUCUACCGAUAUGACAAAGAUCUAAGCCAGUGGAAAGAGAGGGGCAUUGGGGACUUAAAGAUCUUGCAGAACUAUGACAACAAGCGGGUGCGUGUUGUCAUGAGGAGGGACCAGGUGCUGAAGCUGUGCGCCAACCACUGGGUUACGGCUGAUAUGAAGCUGGAGCCAAUGAAAGGAGCAGAGAGGGCGUGGGUCUGGAGUGCUUUUGAUUUUACUGAAGGAGAGGGGAAGGUGGAGCAGCUGGCUGUUCGUUUUAAGCAGCAAGAAGUGGCAAACUCCUUCAAGGAAAACUUUGACAACGCCAACAAAGCCCAGGAGAAGCAGAUCUUGGUAGUGCCAUCUUCAUCGAAGGGCAUCACCCCACGGCAGUCUCCAUGUGGUAAAGGUGCUGUGGCCAUGCUAGAUGAAAUUAUCAGGCAGCAAACUGACUUACCUUCACAGAACUCUCCAUCCCCUUGUGCUGCACCGAAUGUUGCCAUGACUCCAAGCUCUGAAACUCCAACCAAAGCUGUGGUAUUGCCUCCCAAAUUUGUCUUUGGCAAUGAAUCCCUUAAAAACAUAUUCACAAGCUCGGCGUCCUCCGGCAGCCCAUCUGUCUCUAAAGAGCCAUUUAGCUUCAGCUUUAAAGACAAGGCUGGUAGCGAUCAAUCUGUGACCAGGAAGACGCGAGAUAGUGGACUGGAAAACGGCAAGGCAUCCAGCACUGCAGCUCCCAGUUUAGUGGCAUUACCACCAGGACAGAUGACCAGCACGUUUAAAAUGCCUGAGAGAGGACUGGAUUUUAGACUUUUCAAAGAUAACCCUAUGGCAUUUUGGACCUGCACAUCUACUACACAAUUUAAAACUGAAGGAGUAGAGCCAGCUUCAGGCGAUUUGCAGAUUGUGUUUGAGCGGACUCCCACAAGUGAGCAAAAAGCACUUGCAGAGGAGCUUCAACUGCCUCCAACAUUCUUCUGUUAUAAGAACAAUCCUGGCUAUAUCAGUGAUGACGAGGAGGAUGAUGAAGAAUUUGAGACGGCUGUGAGGAAACUGAAUGGAAAAUUAUAUCCUGAUGAUGCAAAAAGCAAGACGACAAAGCGAGGAGAAAUCAAAGAGAGAAAAGAAAGCAAAGAAGUGAGGAGUGCUGGUACAUUCAGUAUUGUUAUGGAUCAGUGCCAGCACCAGACUUUCACAGAGGUUCCUGCUACAGCAAUGGAAUCUAAGUCGGCACCAGAGGAGGACUUGCAGUCUGAAUGCAUUAUAGUUUGGGAAAAGAAGCCAACACCUGAAGAGAAGGCAAAGGCUGAAAGCUUAAAGCUCCCACCCACCUUCUUCUGUGGGGUCAGCAGUGACACUGAGGGGGACAAAGAAGAGGUAGAAGACUUUAAAGCGGAAAUCAGAAAAGUGAAAGAAGCGCCGGAAACCCAGGAACAGGGUGUCAGCACCUCAGCUGAUGUAGUCUCCAGCAGUAGUGAUGCAAAACUCCCAGCUGAACCAGCACAGUUUUCUCAGACUGAACCUGACUCAACGUCUGAGGGGACACAAACAGUACCUCCAUCCUCAAGCACAGAUGACAACAAGCCCGUUGACUUAUCUACCAAGAAAGAAAGUGAGCCAGAUUCCACAAGCCAAGCAGGAGGUGCUAUCUCAUUUGGAUUUGCUGCAUCCUCUGAAUGCUCGUUUUCAGACUUGGCAAAGAACUCUGGAGAUUAUGCUUUUGGCAAACAAGUUCCAGAUGCUAGCUUUUCCUGGGCAAAUGCAGGCGCCACUGUGUUUAGAAGCUCGUCAAUCGUCAGGAACGGGGAGGGAGAUCAAAGUAGCGAAGACGAGGAUGCUGCUAAUAAUGAUGACAUUAACUUUGAACCCAUUGUUUCUUUACCAGAGGUGGAAGUAAAGUCUGGAGAAGAGGAUGAAGAGAUUUUAUUUAAAGAACGAACAAAGCUUUAUCGUUGGGACCGAGAUGUCAGUCAGUGGAAAGAACGUGGUGUGGGCGACAUCAAGAUUCUUUACCAUCCUCAGAAGAGGUACUACCGUGUACUGAUGAGAAGAGAACAGGUGUUUAAAGUGUGCGCAAACCACACAAUCUCACAGGCCAUGGAGCUGAGGCCCAUGAAUACAUCUACCAAUGCACUUGUCUGGACGGCAACAGAUUACGCUGAUGGAGAUGGAAAGAUAGAACAACUGGCUGCAAAAUUCAAAACUGCAGAGUUGGCAGAAACCUUCAAAAAGAAAUUUGAAGAAUGCCAGCAACAGAUGACUCGGCUAAAUGCUGGACAGGUGUCCCGAGUUAUGGAGCUCUCCAUGGAAAGCAACCCAGUUGUGUAUUUUGAUAUUAGUCUUGAUGAUGAACCCAUGGGACGAAUUACAAUGGAACUGUUCUCGCAUAUAGUCCCCAAAACAGCUGAAAACUUCAGGGCUCUGUGCACCGGAGAAAGAGGGUUUGGAUUCAGAAACUCUAUCUUCCACAGAAUCAUCCCUGAUUUUGUUUGUCAGGGUGGUGAUAUCACAAAGCAGGAUGGAACUGGGGGAAGGUCCAUCUAUGGAGACAAGUUUGAAGAUGAGAACUUUGAUGUGAGGCACACUGGUCCUGGCUUGUUGUCCAUGGCAAACAGUGGCCGAGACACCAACAAUUCUCAGUUUUUCAUCACCCUUAAGAAGGCGGAACACUUAGAUUUCAAGCAUGUGGCUUUUGGCUUUGUCAAGGAUGGCAUGGAGGUUGUGAAAAAGAUGGGCACCCUUGGUGCAAAAACUGGCAAGCCAACUAAAAAGAUAGUCAUUGUCAACUGUGGACAGAUAUAGGUUUAACUAACUUCUUUUGUGUAAAGUAAAUCACUUAUUGGGACGAAGAUGUAUCUGUAUGUAUAAAUGUACAUGGGUGGCUGUCUCGUGUUGUAAUAUUUUUUUUUUUUUUUUACAUGUUUGACUGGGGAAAAUGUCAUGUUUCCAAAUAAAAAUAAAAACACUGUCUUUGUUGUACUGUUAAAUUCCCCUCGUUUUUCAGCAAUACAUUUUUUUUUUAAAAAGAACAUCCGUAAAUGUUGGUCUUUAAGGAAAAAAAACAAACGUGUUGUCCCAGGAAUUUUGAAUCUAUGCUGAAAACAUUACAGGAUAUGUGCAAUUUUAGCAGAGAUUGUUUAAAGUGUUUAAAUUUAAAAAAAUUAAAUAAACAAAACCAAACAAAAAAA